AGCAAGUGUAUAAAUUAUCUUUGGAAUUCUUUUAAAUUAUUUGAUUGAUAUAAUUAAUUGAUGAGUUCUUUAAUUUCUAAUAUGGUCAGAUAUUAAAGAAUUUAUCAAAAUGUAUAAUUAAGUAACUAUAAAUCUAUAGUCAACAAUUUUAUAAAUACUAAAUCCCAUAAAAGGAAUUUUGCAAAAGUAAAGCAUAGAAGUUUUAAAAUAAUUGCUUAAGUAUCUGAUAGUUGAAUACUUGAAUGAUGAUUAGUUAAUUGGACGUUGGGGCUUAUAAUGUACAUAUAUAAAGAUGGAAGCAAAUAAAAAAAAGUAUGUAUUCGUGGGGCUGACUUUUUUAGUAAAUAUGUUUAAGAUUUCAGAACCAGGUGGUGGUAGCCUAGUGGUAAUCUCUUGGGGUUUGGUGUGUACCCACAUCAGUCCUAGGUUCGAUUCUCCCUGUGAACUAAAUUAUCACUACUUAACCAGCCUGGGCUUGAGUUUCGGUUCAAGUGGUUUACAUGGUGGGCCAUAACAGAUGAUUGGUCCACCCCCGGCAUUAGUCGGAAGGUAUUUCAAACUCGGAUGAGGCAGUGUGGUACGCUUUCGGGCUAGUACACUCUGUAGCACUAAGUGCGUUCCUCCCGAGAUCGACCGGAUCAGCCAUAGGGUUUAUCAAUCAAAAAAAAAAAAAGAUUUCGUAUCAGCAUGAGAUUAUAGGAAAAUGCAAAGAAACAGAAGAGAUUAGAGGAAAAGGACUUAUCUCGAGACAAAGACAUCAGUUAAAUGAAAUAACUUAAUUUAAUCAAAAUCAAAAUCAAAUGAAAUAAUAACACCAUUCACGCACGUGGUUGCUUUAUAACUAAAACCCCAGAUAAUAAUUAUUAAGACCCGACGGCUGUAGAUCUUCCUCUAUUGUAAUCUUAACGCCCUAUAGUUUAUGGCUUGCAUACGCUACUGUAAAAGAUAGCCUCCAUCAUAAGAGAACCCUCCUCUUUUUUUUUCCAUUUUCUUCUCCUUUAUCUUGGUUAACAUUUAACAAUCUUGGAGCUUAAGGAAGAGUCAAUCGGAGAUCAGAUAAAUAAUAGGGUUUCACAGAAACCCUAGAACCUUGAGAGCGACUACCAGGAACCUAGCUAAAACAAAGAUCAGAGAAGAACGUUUUCGAAAGAGAUCGGAUUAAAUUGAGGUACGACUGAUGUUUCCAUUCUUUGAUCGAUGAUUUGAUUCAGUUAAUAGUUCGAUUUACAUGCAGGACUGAUAUCAUUAGUUUGAUUGACAUGGAUUGAUAUUAAUAGAUUAGUGUUAUCUUGUAUGACUAUGACACGAAGUUUCCUCGAUGCAUUUACGAUGGUGAAACGUUUUUAUUUAAUAAAAUAAAGUCAUUUUUUUCUCCUUCUUUUUUUUUUUUGCAGAGAGAUGGCGUCUUCAAACUCUCCAUGCUCAGCUUGCAAGUUCCUGAGGAGAAAAUGCACACGAGAAUGUGUAUUCGCACCACACUUCCCACCAGACCAACCUAACAAGUUCUCAUGCGUUCACAAAGCUUUCGGAGCAAGUAACGUCGCUAAGCUUCUCAGCGAACUACCCUUAAACCAAAGAGAAGACGCUGUUACCUCUCUUGUCUACGAAGCCGAAACUAGAAUCCAAGACCCGGUUUACGGUUGCGUCGGUUUAAUCUCACUCCAACAACAACGGCUCAAACAGAUUCAACGCGAUACUGACGUCGCCAGGAGAGAACUCGCGACUUACAUCGGUCCUGAAGCUAUGUUUCCUAUUCUCCAACCGCAGCAGCCGCAUUUCAUGCCGCAAUCGCAAACGCAACAGCCGCAGUUCGUGCCGGAAACGCAGCAGACGGUGUUCAUGCCGCAAACGCAGGAGACGCAUUUCACGCCGCAAACGCAUCAGUCGCAAUUCAUCCCCCAAACGCAGAAAUUCAUGCCGGAAACGCAGCAACCGUCUUCUUCUUCUUCAGUGUCUGCUGAGCUGACUCAGCAACAGCAUCAUGAUCCAUCGAUGAUGGUUAUUCCGACUGCACAACUGUAUCAUCAGCAGCAACAGCAACAGUUUUUUGAGUUUCAGCAACCAGAAGCGGUUGCUGGAGAGCAGCAUAGUGAAAUGUUAAGAGCGUAUGGGGAAGGAGGUAGUAGCAGUUCACAUCAACAUCAUCUAAACCAACCUCAGGCUCAUGUUUUGAGGUUUAAUGAUGGUUUUGACUCUGUACCGACCGGUUCUGUUACAUCAACCGGGUUUAAUCAAUUGACGCCCAGUGGUACAACCGUAACCGGCGUGUCACACUCUUUGGCUCUUGGUGGUGGUACCUAUGAUAUUGAGGCUCAGUUAUUCAUGCCUACGCAAUCUUCUCAACAGCUGCCGCUUCAAACGCAGGAGACGCAGACGAGUUCAGAGAGCGACGAGGAGGGUAGCUAGGAGUACCAUUGGUUCAUCUCGGUAAUUAGUAAAAGAAGAAAGAAGUAGAGAGCAGAGGAAACGGCCUUUAAUCUUCUCGCUUACUCAAAAACCUCAAAUGUUUUCUCAAUUUAAGGUACAUUUAGGAUCAAAAUAGUUUAGGGUUUGGAUUUGGUGUACUUUCUCUGCUUUUUGGUUAUUCUUUCGGGUAUAGUACAGUUACAUUGGCACAGAUUAGCCUUUUUUUUUUUUGAACACCAAUAUUAUAAAU